AUGAGCUUCAGCAACCCGCUCGAGUCUCUGCUACGGAGCAUUAUUCAAGGCGGCGGUCGUAGUGACGGCGGCGUCGGCAAUGCCAGCAGCCAACCCACUAUGGUUACCUUCAGCACCGAAGAUUCGUCAGGAUUACACCCGCUCUCUGUGCUGCAUGCCAUGGGGCCGAAUCUCGUCUUCAGCCGUGGUCCCAGUGUCAGUGUGUCUGCCAAUCCGAGUCGUCGCGGUGGCGACGCCGCAUCGGGAACGGCAGGCGCGCAGUCCGCCUCCCCCGGUAGCGUGUACAGCGGCGGCGUGCCCCCCAUGGUGUGGAUACAGCGAGAGCAGCAGCGCAUCCCGCUCGAGUUCUCCGCCACUGGCAGCCCCAACCUAGACGGGACGCGGCUGCGUGAGGAGGGCAACGAGGCUUUCAAAGCAGGCCGGUACCACGAGGCGAUUCGCUACUAUACCCAGGCGAUCGAGGUCGAUCCGGACUCGGAGUUCAUCUACACCAACCGAUCCUUUGCCUACUUCAACAUCAAAGAGUUCGAGAAGUCCGCCGCUGACGCGGCAAAGGCUGUGGAGAUAAACGCGAACUUUUUCAAGGGACACUAUCGGCUGGGGCUGGCGCAGAUGAGCUUAAACGACUUUGGCCAUGCUAUGGACAGUCUGCGCAGGGCCUGGGCGCUGGCACCCGAUGCGAACAAAGAGGCCAUUCGAGUAGCAAUGGCGAAGUGCGAGUCGAAGAUGGCGCGAGCGCCGAUGACACCGCUGCUGAUGAGUCCCGGCGACUCCUCGCCCGUUCGCCACAGCGAGAGUUCUGUCGGCUCGCGCUCUUCGUGGCUGGCGGCUCCGGCACACCUCAUAGACACGCAGCCUCCACUCGGCAACACUGAAGUGGACCUCCACGAGCUUGAGGCGGAGAUCCACCGUGCGGCGGCCCUGCGGGACGAGACAGCAAAGUAUGUGGUCAAGUACAAUGCGCAGGAUAUUAUUGUAGCGUGCAACAAGCGAUCCGACAAGAUCAAGUCCCUCAUGAGCAUCGCCACCUCCAGUGAGCUCUCCACCCUCUCUAAGGAGGCGAACGAGAAGCAGUCGCAGCUGCGUCGUGCUGUGCGCGACCAAGACAGUAACGCCUAUCACAACGCACGCAGCAACCGUGACGCGACACUCAACAGGCUGUGGGACACUGCUGCGCAGGCUGAGAUGGCGAUUGCGCAGCUCAAAAAAAUUGCCAAGGAGGAGCAGAACUUUUUCAGUCAAUUUGGUCCGGUUGCCAACAGCACGCCAUCCAGCGUCCCGACGGAAGCAGCGAGUGAGACGAUAAAGUCCAUGACGAGGGCCUGCGCAGCUGAGUCGCCGCUCGCCUCAGCGCCGACCGAUGCCACUACCUCAACUUCGUCCUUGUCCCCUGCCUCUUGUAUUGCCCCAGCGAGCCCUGUUCUGACAGCCAAGGCGUUAGCGCCACCACCGCUGUCGACAGCGCAGACGCCAGACGAGAGCCACCCUGCCAAGAGCCCAUCGACUGCUGGUACCGAUCUCGGUCAGCUGCUACAACGUCGUGUCGAAAUCAACGAGGCAGUGCGAAAGGCGCAGAAGUGCUUCGCCGCCACCGACGCAGCCGGACAGGCGUUCUUGCACGCAUUGAAGGUGGAGGCAAAUGCAAUGGAGGCGGUAGAUUCUCUCCUCGCCGAGGCAGUGGAGCUCAACGCCCAACUGGAGGUCCAUGCGCGCCAGGUGGCGCAAACCACAACGAAGGAGCUCUCCGAUGUGCGGUUGCAGGCGCUGGACCAGAUGAGCAGCAUUGUCGAACGCGUGAAAGCAGACAUGGAGACCUUCCUCAAGACGAUGCGCGAGGGUGACAACCUGUUAGAGGAGGAGGCAAAGCUUGAGCAGCAACGUCUCUUGCACGAGCGUCAGCGUAUUCAGCUGCAGGCCGAAAUUGAGUGGUUCAAGAUUCGUGAUGAGCCAGAGAAUAAGAUCCAGUGCUUGCAGAUCCAGGUGAACCGACUGCACCAGCGUAUCGCUGCCAUCCACGAGAAGCAGAAGGCUGUGCAGACGCGCAUCAUGGAGCUGGUGGAACAGGAUCACCCGGAGUUGGCGUGGAAGUCGAUGGCGAAUGGUUCACGAAUCUUGCGGCUUGUAAAAGGCAGCGGACUGUGGCAGAACCUUUCCUUCUCCGACUUCCAGGUUGUGUCGACCCUGUCGUCCACUGUGAACAGCAAGGUGUACCACGCGCUGCGCCGCGGCGAGCACGUCGCUGUGAAGGAGAUCUCCAUCGACGACGAUGCGGCGCGCCGAAGCUUUCAGCGCGAGGUGAACAUCGUCUCCUCCUGCAACCACCCCAACAUUAUACGUAUCAAAGGUGUCUUCUUUGAUGGCCCCUUCGCCUACAUCCUCUUGCCCUAUUACCACCGCGGCAGUCUGCGAACGUUGCUGUCGAAGCAGGAGCCAAUGUCGUGGGUGGCGGUGCAGGACAUGCUUCGUCAACUUGCCAGCGGCGUCGCUUAUCUGCAUGAGCGCGGCAUUGUCCACGCUGACCUGAAGCCGUCCAACGUACUCAUUGCAGAUGACGGGCGGCCUGUUAUCUCCGACUUCGGCAUCGCCAAGGACCACGGCGCCCUCGGCGUUGCUGACGUGACGCUGACAGCUACCAUGAGCAGCACCAACGGUAGCUGCGGCCUCGCGGGUACGAUGCAGUACAUGGCACCUGAGCAGUUGCUGUGCGAGGCGGGCUCAAAUGCAAAGUCCACAGGCAUGUCAGACAUGUGGGCGCUGGGGGUCACAAUGCUGGAGGUGACGCUGCAGAACGCGUACUUUCACGAUGCAUCGCUAGGGAAGCCAAAUCUGCCGCUGCUGCUCCCAGAGCAGAAGCGGAUUGAGGUGCCGGCCAAGGCUGUCGGCGGUGACGAGAAGCUAGCCGACGCAAUCGCGUCAGUGCUCGUGAAGGACCCGGCAAACCGGGCGACGGCCUACGACUUGCUGGCGCACCCGUACUUCAGCUCGACGCUCAGCUCGAUGAAUAGUAACCAAAACAGCAGUGCUCUGGCCAAGAGCGACGAGCGCAUCGACGCCGUUCGCUCGUACAUCUACGCCGUCCGCCGUAGCCAUCAACAGAAGGUGCUGGUGUCCGUCUCGCGCAACCACAUGGUGGAGUCCAUGCGCGACAUCUUUCAGCACCUCGACAACGACGACCUGCUCUCUCCCAUCAUGGUUGUCUUCCAGGGCGAGGCCGGCAUCGACGAGGGCGCAUUGACGACGGAGAUGCUCAACCUGUUCUACGAACAGAUGAUUCUAGUGAAGAAGGCUCUCGUGUGCGCAGCUACCGAGGACGCUGAUACAGCACCGUCGCAGUCCGUUGGCUCCCCUGUAGCGACUAACACGGCAGGUGCGGCGGCGAGCGCCUCAAACGAGUCUUCGAUUCGCUCUGCUCUCUUCUCCACCGCACCGUACCUCCCUGCGCCGGAUGCGGAUGGCAUCGCGCCGGACCUGUUCGUGCUGCUCGGCAAGGUGCUCCUCAAGAGCAUCAUCGAGAAUCGCCAGAUUCCGCUGCAGCUGAGCUCAGCCGUACUCAAGUUCCUCUCCGACGCUGAGCCGUCGUUUGUGGACUUGGAGGAAUAUGACGCGAACAUCGCGAACACGCUGAAGCGGCUGCGUCUCUUGUCCGCCACCGACCUCGAGGAGGCUGGGCUUGACUUUUCCCACUUUACCCCGGAGUUCCUGAAGGCGCAGACAGACGGCCGGUACACGACGGACUCGCCCCUCACACCCGAGAGCGUGAGCGACUACAUUGACCUUCGUGAGAAGUUCGACCUGGUGGAGCGCCGGCGCACGGCGCUGGAGGCGAUGAGGAAAGGGUUCUACUGUGAGCCGUCUCUCGAGCACCACCUCAAACUUCUCUCUCCUUCGGAUCUGCUGCUACUCCUAUGCGGCCAGCUGCAUGUCUCGGCCCAGGUCAUCGUUGACGCAUUGGAGUUCCAAGGCUUUGACUCCACCUCCAACACGCCCAAGUACCUGAAGGAGGUGUUGCUAGACAUGUCACAGAAUAAUCUGCGGCGCUUCCUGCAGCUUUGUACGGCGGCGGCGGCCGUGCCAGUGAACGGGGCCGUGAAGAAGAUUAAAGUACUGCGCUGCUCCGACGAGACGCGACUGCCAGUUGGUCACGGCUGCACCAAUCAGCUAGACCUCCCCGAUUACAACGACAAACAGGUUAUCAAGGAGAAGUUGGAGAUUGCCUUGGCGCAUGCCAGUGACGGCUUUCACGUCGUUUAA